GAUUGUGAUUGCACAUAGGAAUCGGUCCUUGUCAUGUCUGAUAACUUGAGUGGAGUCAGAAUGAAAUACAGAGCAGGUUUUCUGACAGUGCUGUGCACCUGGAUGGUGAUUCUGCUGCAAAGCUCGGACAGUGCAGGACAUGCUCUGAAGAAACAUGCAACAGGUGAUUCAUGCAAACCGAAAGAGCUGACCGCCCUCACCAAAAGUCUAGUUGAAGAGAGCUUGAAAGGUUUUGACAAAGCCAAUGGGGAACACCUCGGCACUUGGUCUCCAGGCUUCCCUCAGCUCAAGGUUCACCAGGACUCUUCUGCCAAUGGGUCCAAAGUUCAGUGCAGCCUCCUCUUCAUGGCUCAAGGCCUGGGGAAAGUCCUGGAUGACCAGAAGAACAACCUCAAUCCCACUGAUGUUUCACUCCACGAGAAGCUCAAGAACGCCAUCUCCAAGGUCAACAUGCUCACAGCAUGUGUGAAGGACGUUCUCGGAGGCGCGUGCUCAGAGAAGCCAGCCCCACCCACUAUGCCCAAGCACACGUUUGAUAGGAAGCAGUGGAGUCACACUCUGCUGAAGACAGCCAGGGACUAUCUGGCCUGGUUGGAGAAUAAGUUUGUGGUCCACAUUCCAAAGGUCAAAGGGAAAAGUAAGAUAAAGCAUAAAGGUCCGGAGGCAACACACAAAAAGCACUUAGCGGGGAGCGGAUAUCUCUUGUAAUCUCAAUAUGAGAUGCAGACGCAGUUUACGGCAGCUUUUCGUUAAUGGUAAAGGAAUUUCUGAAGAUUUGUUUAUGGGUCAGUUCACCCCAAACUUCAAAAUAUGUGUUGUUCCUCUCACCUGCAGCAUUAUUUAUCAGUCUAGAUAGUUUUUGUGUGAGUUGCAGAGUGUUUGAGAUAUCAGCUGUAGUCUGCAUUUCAAAACCUCAACUGCAAUGUCUCUUUCCAGAAAUCAUGGCCCAGAUACUCAAGACAAUCAGCAUAACUUGUGAGCAUGUAGGAACUAUUGUCUUUGUACACCCACUAACCAUAUCACCGUGCAGAAGGAAAAGUGCAUCUACUGCUAGUUCACCUAGCACCGCUGAGCUAGCUAAUGUUACAGCUCAGCUGAAGUGGACGCCAUUAAUGUUUACAUCUUGUGCUGUCAUGAGCAUGAGCCUCUCGUCCGUGAGUAGAUGCACACUUCCUUCUGCAAAGUGAUGUGUUCGGUGGGUGUGGUUUGGUGGAAAGAUAAUAGUUCCUACAUGAAACUGCUCACAACAAGGUAUGUAGAUUAUCUCGAGUAACUGGGUCAUGAUUUCUGAAAAGAGCCAUUGCUGUUGAGGUUUUCAGAUGUAUUUGUUUGGCGCUUUGAGCACCACAAGCCGAGUGCCAUCUAGUUCUGUUAUACUGUAGAAAAGGCAGACAUCUCUAGGGCCGAUAUCUCCAACACUGGGCAACUCACAUCAAAAUAAUAUAGACCGAUAAAUAGCACUAUGGCUAAGAAGAAAAAUAUGUGUUUUUGAUUUUGGGGUGAACUGUGCCUUUAAUGCUCAUUUGUAAUGUAUACAGCAUUUUAACAUUUGAAAAUAUUGUGUCUAACUUUUUAUAGAAUUUGAAUGAAUAGAUUUUAAAGCAAUUUUCCAGAGGUGCUUCUUUUAAACAAACAGUUAUAGAUAAUAAAAAAAGCUGAUUAAAUCAGAAUUUUCACAUUUUUUUUUAAAGUGUUUAUAAGUGUAGUACAACAUUUUGGGAAAUAGGCUUAUUUGCUCUCUUACUGAGAGUAAACUGAGCACUAGUCUCAUCAAACUCUCAGCAAGCUAGAAAGCAUUUCCCAAAAUGUCAAACUACACCCAAAAUGUCUUUGUUCAAAUAAACUUGCUACUUUUAAGCAACUGACAGCGUUCCCCCGUGACAGUAAUUAAUCAACGUGCCAAAUUAAUACAAUUCCUGAUUGCGACAGUUUGUUUUCUCAGCCUUCAUGAUGAUUAAUUGUUUUGAUCUGGCCAUCUAUCCCCUGUGAGCGGUGCUACGUUGCCUGAGGUAGAAAGAGAAGCUGAUAAGAAUCACCUACAGAGAGCCACCAGUUUGGACUCCAAUCACUGUACUGGAAAUUGCGGACAGAUGGACAGCGCACAGUGAGGCAGAUAAGUCUGUCAAAGUCCCUUCAAAGUGAUGCGAGCGAACAAAAACACUAUAACAAAGAUUAAUGUGGGUCUUGUCCUCCUCAAAUGAAGUGAUCAAUUAAUAUUCAAUUAGAAGUUCCAGUGUUUGGUGGCUCUGAAUGAGCUUCAAACAAGUCUGAUUUUUUUUUUUUUUUUUUUUUUUAACAAAACACAGCUUUUUGAAUGCUUUGACUGUACCAUCUGUUUGUACCAUUAAUGUAAUAUUCAUUUUGGCUAAUAAAAUACAAC